UGAAUCUAGUCGCGUGUGUACUGCCAACUGUUGCUGUUGUGCGUGGGAAGAGAAGCGUUAAUAUCGUUUCAUUUCAAGUAGUCAGGUUGCUUGUUGAUUGAUUUAAUUUAUACUAUUUGCACACAUACCAAUACAUACAAGCAGAAUCAUGAACAGCCUAAAGAAGUUGCCCAUGCGUCUGCUCGCCAAUGCAGCACGUCAGCAAAGCGCCGCCAUGUCCUCGGCUACUGGCCUGCCCCCACCACUGACCUGUCUUACCGACGAUGAGAUGAUGAUGAAGGAGACAGUCGCCAAACUGGCCCAGGAUCAAAUCCUGCCACUGGUCAAGAAAAUGGACCUUGAGCACAAGUUUGAUCCCUCUGUUGUUAAGGCUGUGUUCGAGAACGGCCUGAUGGGCAUUGAGAUUGACACUGAGCUGGGCGGCAGCGGUUGCAACUUUUUGACCAACAUUAUCGUUGUGGAGGAACUGUCCAAGGUCGAUCCAGCUGUGGCUGCCUUUGUCGACAUUCACAACACGCUGGUCAACUCGCUGAUGAUCAAGUUUGGCAACGCCGAGCAGAAGGCCAAAUAUUUGCCCAAAUUGGCGCAAGAAUACGCCGGCAGCUUUGCUCUGACUGAACCCGGUGCAGGCUCCGAUGCGUUCUCCCUCAAGACCGUUGCCAAGAAGGAUGGCUCUCACUAUGUGAUCAAUGGCACCAAGAUGUGGAUCUCCAACUCCGAUGUGGCUGGUGUUUUCCUGGUGUUCGCCAACGCCAAGCCCGAAGAUAAAUAUCGUGGCAUUACCACCUUCAUUGUUGAUCGCGAUACUCCCGGUCUGAUUGUGAACAAGCCUGAGGAUAAGCUGGGCAUCCGCGCCUCUGGUACAUGCAUGAUCACCUUCGACAAUGUGCGCGUGCCCGAGGAGAACAUUCUGGGUACCUUCGGCCAUGGCUACAAGUAUGCAGCAGGAUUCCUGAACGAGGGUCGCAUUGGUAUUGGCGCUCAGAUGGUUGGUCUUGCCCAGGGCACCUUUGACGUCACCAUUCCGUAUCUGCUGGAGCGCAAGCAGUUCGGUGAUGCCAUCUACAACUUCCAGUCCAUGCAGCACCAGAUUGCCACAAUUGCCACAGAGAUUGAGGCUGCUCGUCUGCUCACCUACAACGCAGCCCGCAUGCAAGAGGCUGGCAUGCCCUUCCAGAAGGAGGCGGCCAUGGCCAAGUUCUUUGCCUCUGAGGUGGCUCAGCGCACUGCCACCAAGUGCAUUGACUGGAUGGGCGGCGUUGGCUUCACCCGCGACUUCCCACAGGAGAAAUUCUAUCGUGACGCCAAGAUCGGCGCCAUCUACGAGGGCACCACCAACAUGCAACUGAGCACCAUUGCCAAGUGCAUUAAGAAUGAGUUCUCGGGCUAAGCUAAACAUAGUCCUUAGUUGACCUUAGGUCUAUACACAAAUCUGAGAUAUCGUACGUCAGAUACGUCAAGUGCAUUUAACAGUUUCUUUUUGUUGUCAACGAUACAUAGAUCGUUGCAAUCGCAUUUAUAUGAAU